AGCCGCGCUGAGCUCAUUUAUAAAGUCUUCCAUUCUUCAACGCCAUUACAGAGUUGCAAAAAUUCAACAUAACUUUUUUGCAUGAUAAGCGAUUUAUUCUCAAUCUCCGCGCGUAGCCAUUUGGAUUUCGGUUCUUCUUUCUACAUACAAAUAGAUAUUUAACUGAAACGCUUUCACAAACCAAACCACUUUACGAAUUUUAAGCAUUUCUGUCUGCUUUCUUCUUCAACUCCAUUCCAUUUCAGAGAUGGGGUUUCUGCAGACCGAAGAGAGCAAGAGGAUGGAGAUUGAGGAGCUCCGCCGCAUGUUGGUGGCUUGCGCCGGUGUCAACGGAAGGAAAGACGAUGAAGAGUUCAGAGGGUUGCGUGAUAGAAUGGAUGAUGAUGAGCGCCGCCGUGAUGAGGUGGUUUGUGUCACUAGUGGCGUUUCGUUCUUGGGUUUGGCUAUUGUCAACAGGCUGUUGCUUCGUGGAUACUCUGUUCGAAUCAUUGUUGAUAAUCAAGAAGAUAUAGAGAAAUUGAGAGAGAUGGAGAGUUCUGGGGAGAUGAGGACGUAUAAUAAUAAUUUGUCAGUGGUUACUGCCAAGCUAACUGAAGUUGAGGAUGUGGUGGAAGCGUUCGAGGGCUGUCGUGGCAUCUUCCACACCUCUGCAUUUGUUGAUCCUGUUGGCCUCUCUGGCUACUCUAAAUGUAUGGCUGAGAUAGAAGUGAAAGCGACUGAGAGUGUAAUGAAGGCAUGCGCAAGAACUUCCUCAGUAAAAAAUUGUGUGCUUACAUCCUCACUUUUGGCCUGCAUUUGGCGAGAAGGCGCCAAGCAAGACCUGUCUCAAGUAGUUAACCAAGACUGCUGGAGUAAUGAACCACUCUGCAUAAACAAGAAGCUAUGGUAUGCCUUGGGCAAACUAAGGUCAGAGAAGGCUGCAUGGCAAAUAGCUGAGGAAGGAGGCUUAAAGUUAGCCACCAUUUGUCCAGGUCUCAUUACAGGUCCUGACUUUAUUCAAAGAAAUCCCACAGCAACAAUUGCUUAUCUCAAAGGAGCCCAAGAGAUGUACGCAAAUGGGUUGCUGGCAACAGUGGAUGUAAUGAGACUGGCCGAGGCUCAUGUAUGUGUAUAUGAAGCGAUGAACAAGACUGGAUUUGGAAGAUAUAUUUGCUUUGAUAAAGUCAUUAAAAGAGAAGAUGAGGCAGAAAGGCUAGAAAGCCAAGUGGGAAUGCCAAAAAACAAGUUAUCUGGAAAUACAAACAUUAUAUCUAUGCCAUUUGAAUUGUCAAACAAGAAGCUUACAACUCUCAUGUCAAGAACGCUUAGACCUUGUUAUAAUCAAUUUUAGGAGGAGGUAUAUUUGCUCAAGUUUACCGAGGAUUUAAGAUAGAGCAUGUUCUUUCAUUGAUUGCCCAUAUGUUUCCCAUUUGCAAUGCCUUAAUAAAUCUUUUAUUUUAUUC